AUGAAUGCUUGUCGGAAGAAGGGUCGUUUAUCCUUCUUCAUACGAGCUGAAAUCGAACCGAAAAAUCGUUCAGGCGUAAACUCGCUGCAGUAUGAUCCGUGUACAGACACACUGUUUACUGCUGGGCGGGAUUCCAUUAUCAGGGUUUGGAACACUAAAAGGCAAUCGGAUCCUCUUGUGCAUACCAUGGAACAUCAUGCUGACUGGGUUACAGACAUUGUACUAUGUUGUGGUGGCAAAAAUCUCAUAUCUGCCUCAAAUGAUACGACAGUGAAGGUUUGGAAUGCUACAAAAGGAUUUUGUAUGUCUACUCUGGGUACACACAAAGACUAUGUUCGAGUGCUUGCCUACGCCCAACAUCGUGAGGAAGUUGCUAGUGCUGGUCUAGAUGGCGCAAUAUUUUUGUGGGAUAUAAGAACACUUACAGCACUUACACCAACUAAUAAUACAGUUGAAACUCGUCCACUGACAACAAAUGAUGAAAGUACAUAUAGCUUAGCUAUGAAUCCAUCUGGGACAGUCAUUGUAGCUGGUGGUCCUUAUAAAAGAAUAUGGGUAUGGGAUCCUAGAUCACGUAGUAAACCUUUCGACUUACGAAGUCAUACUGAUAGUAUACGUGCACUUGCUGUUCGACCAAAUGGUGAAGAGAUUAUUAGUGGUAGUUCUGAUGGAACAAUUAAAAUAUGGUCACUUGGUAUGCAACGAUGUACAGAUACCAUUCGCACACACAGUGAAAGUGUAUUCACAUUACAGGUGAAUAACAAUUGGUCAACUGUUUAUUCCGCUGGUAAAGAUCAGACGGAUCCAGUCUUAAAGCUCCUAUUACAUGAAGGUAGAAGUCAGUCAUUUUUAUGGUCUGCAACAUGUAAUACAAAUGUGUCACGUUGGCUUAUUAAACACCAUGCUACUGGAAUAUGUUCUCGACCAAUUGUAGAUCAUGAACAUUAUUCAUAUCAUUGUGAGAAUAAUACUGAUAUAGAUCAUGCUAGUACAGAGAAAUCUAUUCCCAUGUCUAAAUGCUCUGAAUUUGUAUCCAAUCCAAUUCCGUUUCAUUGCCAUCUAAUGCUCACAAUAAUAAUAAUAGCAUUCUUACCUACGGACAAUAAUAAUGAUAAUAACAAUAAUGAUAAACACAAUUCCUCAUUAUCUUCAAAACCUGAUUUCGUCAUAAAAGGUGGAUCACCAAUUGUACAGUUUCAUAUAUGCCCUGAAAAACGUUUUAUAUUAACAAAAGAUAAUGAAGGUAUAGUAGCUGUAUAUGAUGUUUUAAAAGCAUCAAUGAUUGAAUGUUUAGGUGUUGUAUCAUUUGAAGAAGAAAUUAAGAAACGUGAAAAACUUAUUUAUGUUCCAAAUUGGUUUACAGUAGAUUUAAAAUGUGGAAUGCCAAUUAUUCAUUUGGAUGAAGGUGAUUGUUUGUCAGCCUACAUAAAUGCUUCUGAUGCUGGUCUGUUAAAUGAAUUCAAUGAUCCCAAUUAUUGUUAUGAUACUAAAAUUAAUUACGGCUUUGUAUUACUCAGAUCAUUAUUUACUCGUCGGUUAGCUGCAUCCUCAAGUAAUACUAAUACUAGUAAUAAUGGGAACAAUAUAGAUAAUGAAAUUCCUGGACAUACACCAAUUAUUUUAAGUGAUGGAAGUGGUCGACCACUUGAUCGAUUUUUAGCUCGUGAUGCUUCUUCAUUUAGUGUACGAUUAAGACGUUGUAAUCCAGAACCGAAAUGGAUUAUGGAAGUUGUAGAAUCUUGUAAACUACCUAAACCAGUUCGUAUAGCGUUUUGCCUCGUUCCUGGUGUUAUUGAAGUAGACAGUCAAGGUCAACAGCGUGUUGUACCAAUGAAUUCAUUAAAACGAGACUCAUUGGCUGCUAAUGAUGUUUUAUUAAUACGUAAAGUUAUGGAACAUGUAUUUCAACGUUUAUAUAAACUAGCGGAUACAUUAACCAUGAAUGGUACGUUAUCUAGUCCACCAUCACCUAGAUCCACAAGACAAAAUGAUGAUACUGGUCAAGCUGUUCCGCCUAAAUCAUCAUCUUAUUGUGAUACAACUUCCAAUCCUCAAACGCCUGUAAUGGCACCAUUAAAUCUUCCACCUGAAACAUUACAAAUUGAUUUGGCUAGAAUAAUAGCGACAGCUUCAUCAAAUAUUCCGCAACCUGAGAAUAUUAUUGAGAUAUGGUGUGGUGAUCAGUGUCUUGAUCCUAAUAUGAAUUUACGCAGUGCUCGUCAUUUCUAUUGGAAACAGUCAGGUGAUUUGGUGUUAAGUUAUUUAGUUACCAAAGAAAAUAAUACUGAUAACAAUUAUGCUACUACUAAUACUAUUGAUAGUAAUAAUAAUAAUUCUAUUUCAUCAUACUUACCAACAGUCUACAUAAUCCCACAACUGUUACUUCAAUUACUACUAGUAUUCCUUCUGCUAACAUAAGGAAAGAGGAUAAUAUCAACAAUUUCAAUGGGAACGGGACAGAUAGUAACAAUUUGAAGAAUGAGCAUCGAGAAACCACUAGUGUCGCAUCGUCAUCAUCUUCAUCAAUGAGUAUUCAUAAUUGAUGUUAUUAUUAUUAUUAUUAUUAU